CUUGUGUGCAAUUGCGUGAACCACCGGCCUCGCCUUGCUGUUUAUUUGCGCAAACAAUUGCCUGACUGUGAGCUUGCCUGCACUGCGCUCGACCCAAUGCUUGCAGAAGUCGCGCCCGAUAUAGCUCCGAUAUUCCAUGUGCGCGUGUCGUAGCCGACCCGAGCUAUCGACACCCGCCCCUCCACCACUGAGGGACUACCUACUCUACCAUGGAACGGCCCAGGAAGAGGGAGCUUCGUGAGCUCAACUUCCGAGCGUGGGAUGGCGAACAAGAUGUCUUCCCUGUGCAGGGCUCGCUCGACUCGUCCAUGAAGAAGAACACCGCCUUUAUCAAGCGCCUCCGAACCGCCAUCAACGCGUCCUCCCAGACCCAGUUCCUCCAAGAAAUCCGCACCUUGUCCCUCCACAAGUACCUCUCUGAGAUCAUCUCAGCAUGCUACGAAGGUCUUUGCAAGCUCAAGACCCCCGGCGAGAUUGCGACCGGUGUCGAAAUAAUCAGCGCCCUCCACCAACGCUUUGGGCCCUCCGAAUUUACCAGCUACAUUGGCUGGUACAUUGGGAGGGGACUUGCGACUCCGGAUAAAGCACACCUGAAGAUGCUGUCGCAAGAAGUGCGCGACCGAGAAGAGAAGGAACGUCUGGCUCGUCAGCGCGUGCUUCUGCGCGUGGCUACCGAACUUUGGCUGGCAGGCGUACUGCGAAGCCUUGAUGAUGUUGCUCGGCCUGAAGAUGCGGCCAACAAUAAGGACAACGGCAAACUCGUGGAAGGGUCUACCAGAACUAGAGCGCGUGCUGAGAGCAGCGACGCAGAGCCCUUCCCGCUGGAAGUGCUCAAGGACAUGCUUGGCCACGACCGCGAACACGUCAACUUACCACUUGUGGUCAUCUUCGUCAAGGCUUUCGCAUGGGACAUUCUUGGCGCGAGGACAUCAUCUGCAGAAGGUCGUAGGACUGUGAACGAGGAUGGCACGACCACUGGAGACAAGAACGAGGACGCUUCAGCCACUGAGGAUGACGAUCAGCCCAGCAAAGACCCACCCAUCAUUGCCGCAGAUUUGCAACAGCGUUUCAAGAACAUUUUCACACGCUACUUUGAAGAUGUCAAAGCACAUCUGCUGCGAGACCAGAAGCACCUCGCAUCUCAAGGUCGCAAAAACGCGGAAGCAUACGUAAAGUCAGGAGAGGUGUUCGAAGACCGACAAGCAAACUACGAGAAGCAACUGAAGGCGCAGGAGCGAUUGAUUGCCAAUGCGCAGAUCAUGGCCGAUGCACUGGGUGUGGAAAUGCCUGAUCUGAAAGAGAAAGAUAGCUCUGCGAAUGUCGGAGACGGUACAAUCGGCUUGAUCAAGGCUGGCGAAUACCUGCGCGGCCGCAGCGACGGACCGGGAAUUUGGGAAGAUGAAGAUGAGCGCCGCUUCUACGAGAACAUGAUCGACCUAAAGGACCGUGUCCCGGGCAUUUUGCUGGAGGACGCCAAAAAGAAGAACAUUGACACGAAUGAGCAAGUCGGAAAGCGUAUCGAGGCGAAAACUGAGAGUGCUGAGAAGGAGGCUGUGGAGACUAUUAAAAUUGCAGAUGCUGAUGACCAGUCCACUGCGAUUGCCAACAAGUCUGUUGGCACGCAAGUGGAUGCAGUUCUCGCACGUCUCCCAGAACUCAACACCAAGGACACCGUGGACCAGGCUGCUAUCGACUUCUGUUUUCUCAACUCCAAGGCAUCGCGCAACCGUCUAGUCAAGGCUGUUCAGGAUAUUCCCAAGGGACGAUCUGACCUGCUGCCGAUUUACUCGAGGUUAAUUGCCACACUUGCCAAGUACAUGCCCGACGUCGCACAAAGUCUUGUGUCUUACCUAGACGAUGAGUUCCGGAGUUUGCAACGACGCAAAUCGAAGGACUUCUUGGGCCAAGUACGCACGCAGAACGUACGCUACCUCGCAGAACUGACCAAGUUCGGUGUUGUUCCUGAACACGUCAUCUUCCAUUGUCUCAAGGUCAGCCUUGACGACUUUUCCAGGAUGAACAUUGAGAUUAUUUGCAAUCUGCUCGAGAACUGCGGACGCUACCUCAUCCGUAACCCUGAAACCUCGCCGCGCAUGGCUUCCUUCCUCGAGACCCUGCAGCGCAAGAAGGGCGCUCAAGUUCUCGGCCAGCAAGAACGUAUGCUCAUCGAGAACGCGGUCUACUAUGUAAACCCACCAGAGCGUGCGGCCAUUGAGCAGAAGGAGCGGACACCGGUUGAAUUGUUCUUGCGCAAAAUCAUGUACCAAGACCUGACCCGUCGCACACUCGACAAGACCGUCAAGCAGAUCCGCAAGAUGCAUUGGGAAGAGGCAGAGGUCGUCAACUUUCUACACAAGAUCUUCUCCAAGCCUGGCAAGAUCAAGUACAGCAACAUUCAUCUGUUGGCUGUCAUCCUCGGCACCAUUCACCGCUACCACCAGGAUUUCGCCAUCGCUGUCAUAGACGAUCUUUUGGAGUCGAUCACAUUUGGUCUUGAGCUGAACGACUUCAAAUUCAACCAGCGCAGGAUUGCAGAAGUCAAGUUUCUUGGUGAACUGUAUAUCUACCGACUCGUUGACUCGCCACUUGUCUUCGACACCCUCUACAAGUUGCUGAACUACGGGUGGCAAGGAGGGUACGCUCGUCUAGACUUGUAUAAUCCGCUGGAUCUGCCGGACGACUAUUUCCGCAUUCGUCUUGUUUGCAGCCUCCUUGAGACUUGCGGCAUGUACUACGACAAAGGUGCAGCAAAGAAGAAGCUUGACUUCUUCCUUACAUACCUGCAAUACUACGUCUGCACCAAGGACGCAUUACCAAUGGACGUUGAGUUCAUUGUGCAGGACGCUUAUGCUCUCGUGCGACCGCAAUGGAAGCUCAUCACCGACCUGGACGAAGCAUCGCGCAUCUUUGGCGAAGCAGUCAAGCAUAAUUACCAGACGACGGCAAACGACAAGCCUGCCGAGCCCGAGGAUGACGAGGAGUCUGCUUCUGACGACGAUGUCGACGGCCCAGAGGAUGACGAUGUCGUUGUGCCCGAAGGCGAGGAGAAGUCGUCCGAUGAAGAGGAUGCAGACUCUGAUGAUGACGAGCCAAUGAAGCAGGACCUAUCAGAUGAGGAAGAGCACAUUGUUGUGACACGUCAAGAGGAAGAACGAGAUCCCGAAGCUGAAGCUGAGUUCGACCGGGAACUGGCCAAACUUAUGUCUGACAGCACUGAUUCACGCAAGUACGACCGCAAGCCUGUCUUCGACGUUCCCCUUCCGCUGCGCCGCGCUCGCGAUACAACGACUAACCCCGAGGACGGCGUGAGCGAAGCUCCCGUCCUAGUUGCGCCUUCUAACACUGUGAAAUUCUCACUUCUCAGCAAGCGUGGAAACAAGCCGCAGACGCGGUCGAUCGAUCUGCCCUCUGACUCGACCUUCGCAGUUGCAAUGCGCAACAAGCAACAGGCCGACAAGGAGGAACAGCAGCGCAUCAAGAGCCUCGUUCUGAACUACAACGAAGCUCGUGAUGACGUUGAAGACUCCGCUCUCGACAAGACCCAGAAUCCGUAUGCGCAGCCGCGUCUUGACAAAGCCGGUAACAACCGUAGCAAUCAGCGCGCCAGGAAGCUGCAACUCAGCGAUGUCAACUGGACUUGAUUCCACACUAUGAUGCUACGAACAGCACCCACCUCGAAACAUCCUCUAGCGAUGAGCACUGCUUUUGGCUCUGACAUGGCACGCCGAUAGAAAGUAUUGGAGCGGAGGGUUUGAUGCUCCUGGCGCCCCUUGACGACCAGCGACCGCGCAGUCUAGCCGCUGCUCGACGUACGACCACACGUCUGUCCACGCGAUGUCCACGCAAUUUCUGGACGGUCUCGCCCAAGUAUCCAAUGCAUGCAGAACGCGCAGCAUCGGCAGCGAUCUGGAAGCGCGAGCGACGGUAGUCCCCGCGAGACGCUGGUUCAGGGAACAGCACGGAGCGACGAAGAGAACAGGAAGCAUGCUUCCAGGAAGGCACAUUGAUUUCAAUCCAUUACAAUUGACCACAGUUAUUACCGA